AUGGCGAGCCAGGACGAGCAGGAGCUCAAAGCCGCGCUCUGGUCGGUCGUCGGCGAGAUGGUCGACCAAGAGUCCAUCAAGCAGAACCGUAAUACGACGCCGCAGUUCAUCGGCGCGCUGGCCGACAUGGUGUGGACGCAGAUCGAAUCGGUGGCCCUCGACCUAGAGAGCUUCAGCCGGCAUGCCGGCCGAUCGACCGUGACGACCGACGAUGUGCUGCUGCUGGCCCGACGGAACGGCGAUCUGCACGACCUCCUUAAGGAGCAGGUCGACGAGCUGCAGGCGGCACGCGCCAAGAAGGGAAAGCAGCGGACCUGA